UCUCUCGCUCAUCUUCUCCCGUAGAUUCUUUUAGACGUGGCAGUGGCACAGAAGAAAAGGGGAGUUGUCGGUACAUACAGAUCGAGAGCAAAUCAUUCAUGUGUGUGCACCGAACAUGCCCCGUCUCGUGAGACGCAGGUGAAAGGGACUCUGAACUCGCCAGCGUCAGGCGCGUCAGUGCGCGCUCAGAUCCGCGUCGCUCAGUUUGAGUUCUUCUCCGCAGUUCAGCGAGCGUGAGGCAAUGCGAAUUCACCUGCUGGAGCACUGUGAUCACGCUGCGGGGGUGCCCAAGUUGAUAGCUGAAUAAUAAAAUAUGAGUUUCGACCCAUAAUGUUUGGAAUUAAGGAUACACAGCGUUUUAUGUGGAUUAUUGAGCGUGCAGAUAACCGAGAAACAUCCCCCAGCGAUUGAAGCAAGAACACUGAAGGAAAGCGAUGCAACUCGCUCCCUUCCACCAAACCUCUCGACGAAACCGGUUUUUCUUUUUUCUUUGGGAAUAUAUGCGCAGUGUGGGAAAGGAUUUGGGAAGAUUUCUGCACCUAAGGAGAAUGAAAAUCCAAUUUUGAUAAGUAAUAGGAGGGACCAGUAAGUUAAAAUAACAGACGGAGAUAAUAGCCUACAUACGGUCAGACUACUGAAUCUUAUUUCCCUUCCAGACAAAUCGGCUGCAUUCUCGUGUCAAACUUAAGGAGUAGACACCAUUGGGAAAAAAAUGGAAAGAACAUCAACGGAUAACAGCGAUGACUUGGAUUUUCAGGAUGUGGGAACACAGAUUUAAUUUCUUGGUCUAAAUGAACAAAUCGUUUGUCAAAAUACGUAAAAGACUCAGCACGGAGUUGGCCUCGUAAUGUAAUUGGCUGAAGACAAGUUAUUUUUUGGACGGUUAAGCAGAGGUUAUGUAAUGCAAGAACGGAGAAUGACAUUUGCUUGUCACAGACCUGGAAGUUGUAAUUUUGCAUCAAUUUGAUUAGACGCUUUUUUCAUAUAGGAUCCUCUUUUUUUAAAAUCAACGUCGCUCUUUUUUAGUGCCCUGCGGCACUCAGUUUUGAUGUCAGAGAAGGCUACCGCUCCGUCGCCAUGACGACCGAGGAGUGUCCCAUGCCACUUGGCAUGAGCAAGGUGGGGGCGGGGCUGUGUGAGGACUUUGGCCCCUCUCAGGGGGAUGACAUCAUCGAGGAGGUGGGGCCGUGCGAUGAUGCGGGCAGUGACCUCAGCACUUUGGUCGUGCCGUUUCCUGAGUUGGCGCCAGUGGUUUUCUUCUGCCUCAAGCAGACCACCUGCCCACGCAGCUGGUGCAUUCGCAUGGUGUCGAGCCCGUGGUUCGAGCGCAUCAGCAUCAUGGUGAUCCUGCUGAACUGUGUCACUCUGGGGAUGUACCAGCCCUGCGAGAACAUCGACUGCACCUCAGAGCGCUGUCAGAUUCUACAGGCAUUCGAUGCGUUUAUCUAUAUUUUCUUUGCAUUGGAGAUGGUGGUGAAGAUGGUGGCUCUGGGGAUCUUUGGCCGUCGCUGUUAUCUUGGCGAUACUUGGAACAGACUGGACUUUUUCAUUGUCAUGGCAGGGAUAGUUGAAUACUCCCUUGAUCUCCAGAACAUCAACUUCUCCGCCAUCAGAACAGUGCGUGUACUCAGACCUCUCAAAGCCAUCAACAGAGUACCCAGUAUGCGUAUCCUGGUGAACCUGCUGCUGGACACGCUGCCUAUGCUGGGAAAUGUGCUUCUGCUCUGUUUUUUUGUCUUCUUCAUUUUUGGCAUAAUUGGCGUGCAGCUAUGGGCUGGACUAUUAAGAAAUCGCUGUUACCCAGAGGAGAACUUCACCCUCACAUCUGGCAUCACCCUCCCCGCCCCAUAUUAUCAGCCUGAGGAGGAUGACGAGCGGCCCUUCAUCUGCUCUCUGGCUCAGGAUAACGGCAUCAUGUCCUGCAGUGACGUGCCCGCUCGGAGAGAAGGCGGACGGGAGUGCUGUCUUAAUAAAGAGGAUGCACUGCACCGUCAGGCCCUGGGCCUGAGCGCGGAGCCGCUUGUCAAUGGCAGUGCCUCCGCCGUGGGGCUCUGUGUGAACUGGAACCAGUAUUAUACCCGCUGUCACACAGGACACACCAACCCACAUAAAGGAGCGAUCAAUUUUGACAACAUAGGUUACGCAUGGAUCGUCAUAUUUCAGGUGAUCACGCUGGAGGGUUGGGUGGAGAUCAUGUACUACGUCAUGGAUGCGCAUUCCUUCUACAACUUCAUCUACUUCAUAUUCCUCAUUAUCAUUGGAUCUUUCUUCAUGAUUAAUCUGUGCCUGGUGGUCAUUGCCACUCAGUUUUCGGAGACCAAACAGCGAGAGCACCAGCUGAUGCAAGAGCAACGUGCUCGCUGCCUGUCCUCCAGCACACUGGCUUCACUCGCUGAGCCUGGAGAUUGUUAUGAGGAGCUCUUCCAGCUGGUCUGCCACAUCCUGCGCAAGGCCCGCCGCCGCUCAGCUGCCCUUUACUACAUGCUCCGUGGCAAAGCCCCUCCCCCUGGGGGAGGGAGGGGGCGUGGUAAAGGAGGAGCAGGAUCGACAGGGGGAGGGGCUAAUGUGAAUGGCAGUGAAAGACACCACUGCCAUUCUACUCAAACACCUCACUGUAUGCAUGAUACCAAGUUGGACCACAGCUCCCAAACUCUGAAGAAUGCCAUCACCCUCUCCAUCACCGCAAACACAGAGCAGUGUCCACAGUGUGCUGCAGCCCUGUCACUCAAGGAAGGGGCGGGAUUGACGGGGCACUCGGCCAAUGGGGAGGAAGAGGAGGGUGCGCUGGAGGAGACCGACAGGGAUGAGAACUGCUUGGAUGAGAAGGGGGACAAUGAAUCCGAGGACAUGCCGAAGAUGAAACGCUCCUGUUUAGGGAAAUGUAAAGAUAUUUGGGAUGAAAUGAGAGUGAAGCUUUGGGGUAUAGUUGAAAGCAAGUACUUCAACAGAGGGAUUAUGAUCGCCAUCCUCAUCAAUACAAUCAGCAUGGGCAUCGAGCACCAUAACCAGCCUGAUGAACUGACUAAUGUCCUGGAGAUUUGUAACAUAGUGUUCACCAGUAUGUUCACCCUGGAGAUGAUCCUCAAGCUUACUGCCUUUGGCUUCUUUGAAUAUCUUAGAAACCCCUAUAACAUCUUUGAUGGCAUUAUUGUGAUCAUCAGUGUAUGUGAGAUCAUUGGGCAGUCUGACGGGGGUCUGUCCGUCCUGAGGACGUUCAGACUGUUGAGGGUCAUAAAGCUGGUUCGGUUCAUGCCAGCUCUGCGCAGACAGCUGGUGGUCCUGAUGAAGACCAUGGACAAUGUGGCCACUUUCUGCAUGUUACUAAUGCUCUUUAUCUUCAUAUUCAGUAUUCUGGGAAUGCACAUAUUUGGCUGCAAGUUCAGCCUGAAGACAGAGGCUGGGGACACAGUACCUGACAGGAAAAACUUUGACUCCCUGCUUUGGGCCAUUGUCACAGUGUUUCAGAUCCUAACUCAAGAGGACUGGAACAUGGUUUUGUAUAACGGCAUGGCCUCUACCUCCCCUCUGGCAGCCCUGUAUUUCGUCGCGCUCAUGACUUUUGGGAACUACGUUCUGUUCAAUCUGCUUGUGGCUAUCUUAGUCGAAGGAUUUCAGGCUGAGGGUGAUGCUAACCGUUCCUACUCUGAUGACGACAGAUCCUCUUGUAACUUAGAAGAAACUGAGAAAAAGGACUCACUCCAGCUGUCCGAUCCCAAGAUUUCCACUUUGACCCCUAAUGGACAUCUGGAUUUGUCACCUGCACCCAACGCCAGGGGCCUGUACCCAUCUGAAAGGCUGAGUUUUGCCUUGAGUUCCCGCAAGAGCAGCGUGAGCUCUCUAGGCAUGGCUAGCCUGGAGCAGACGGCACUGUGUCCAGGACGAGCCUCUUUGUAUCACAACUGGGGACGGCCCGCACGACCAGGAAUAUGGAGUCGCAGGUCAAGCUGGAACAGCUUAAGUCGAUCCUCUAGAUGCCUGGGAAUGGGGGGCGGAGGCAGUUUAAGGGUCCGCAGCCCUCACUCUCGCCCCGCUGAGCAGGAGUCCCUGCUGUCUCCUCCGCCCCCUCCUCUGCACCCGCCUCUGCUCUCCAGACGCUUUGUCCCGUGCAGAGAACGCCGGGCUCUCUCUUUGGAGCUUCCUGAGCUGCUGCAGGUGCCUGGACCAGCCCUGCCUCCUCUGCAUGCACGGCAACGCAAGAAGAGCUUCUCUGGGGGUCUGGGAAGCGUUGGAGAGCACCAGGACUGUAAUGGGAAGACACCAUCAGUCCAACCACAAAUCAUCAAUGAAGUCUACCCUCAGGUCAAUGCACGCAAGGACAGGGAGGAUCUGGAUGAUGAGCUGGACUAUAGUCUAUGUUUCCGGAUGCAGAAGAUGAUGGAGGUGUACAGACCAGACUGGUGUGAGACCAGAGACUGGUCCGUCUUCCUCUUCUCUCCCCAAAAUAAGUUCAGGUUGUUGUGCCAGUCCAUUAUAGCCCAUAAGCUGUUUGACUAUGUGGUGCUGGUCUUCAUCUUCUCAAACUGCAUCACUGUGGCUCUGGAGAGACCCAAGAUCCUUCAGGGUAGCCUGGAGAGGCUUUUCCUCACCGUGUCCAAUUACAUUUUCACAGCCAUAUUUGUGGGGGAGAUGACACUUAAGGUGGUGUCUAUGGGCUUGUAUCUUGGAGAGCAGGCGUACUUGCGCAGCAGUUGGAACAUUUUGGAUGGUUUCCUGGUGUUUGUGUCUCUGAUUGACAUUGUUGUGUCGAUGGCGGGCGGAGCUAAGAUCCUUGGGGUGCUCAGGGUUCUCAGGCUUCUGCGCACACUGCGCCCCCUCAGGGUUAUCAGUCGAGCUCCUGGCCUCAAACUGGUUGUGGAGACUUUGAUCACCUCUCUGAAGCCUAUAGGAAACAUAGUUCUCAUCUGCUGUGCCUUUUUCAUCAUCUUUGGCAUCCUGGGAGUCCAGCUUUUCAAAGGCAAGUUCUACCACUGCUUGGGCCUGGAUGUCAAAAACAUCACCAACAAGUCUGACUGCCUCUUGGCCAAUUAUAAGUGGGUCCAUCACAAGUACAAUUUUGACAACUUGGGGCAGGCCCUGAUGUCCCUGUUUGUGCUUGCAUCGAAGGACGGCUGGGUCAACAUCAUGUAUCAUGGUCUGGAUGCAGUAGCAGUGGACCAGCAGCCCAUAACCAAUAACAACCCCUGGAUGCUGCUGUACUUCAUCUCCUUUCUCCUGAUCGUCAGUUUCUUCGUGCUGAACAUGUUUGUUGGAGUGGUGGUGGAGAACUUCCACAAGUGCCGACAGCACCAGGAGGUGGAGGAGGCCAAGAGGAGGGAGGAGAAGAGAUUGAGACGCAUGGAGAAAAAGAGACGGAAGGCCCAGAAGUUGCCUUACUAUGCCAGUUACAGUCAUGUGCGAUUGAUGAUCCACACCCUGUGCACCAGUCACUACCUGGACAUCUUCAUCACCUUCAUCAUCUGUGUAAACGUUGUGACUAUGUCACUGGAGCACUACAGCCAGCCUCAUUCUCUGGAGAUCACACUCAAGUACUGUAAUUAUUUCUUCACCAGCACCUUUGUGCUGGAGGCUGUCCUGAAGCUCAUCGCAUUUGGCUUCCGACGUUUCUUCAAAGACAGGUGGAACCAGCUGGAUUUGGCUAUAGUGCUGCUGUCAGUCAUGGGCAUCACAUUGGAGGAGAUUGAGAUCAGUGCAGCUCUGCCCAUCAACCCCACCAUCAUACGUAUCAUGAGGGUCCUACGCAUCGCACGUGUGCUAAAGCUGUUAAAGAUGGCCACGGGAAUGAGAGCGCUGCUGGAUACGGUAGUUCAAGCCCUGCCACAGGUGGGGAACCUUGGCCUCCUCUUCAUGCUGCUGUUUUUCAUUUAUGCUGCACUGGGGGUGGAAUUAUUUGGAGAGCUGGUGUGUAACGAGGACUACCCAUGUGAGGGCAUGAGUCGGCACGCCACCUUUGAGAACUUCGGCAUGGCGUUCCUCACCCUCUUCCAGGUCUCCACUGGUGACAACUGGAACGGCAUAAUGAAGGACACUCUUCGAGAAUGCCCACCGGGCGAAUACACCUGUAAUCCCAGCCUACAAUUCAUCUCUCCGCUGUACUUUGUGAGCUUUGUGCUCACGGCUCAGUUUGUUCUCAUCAAUGUGGUCGUGGCAGUGCUGAUGAAACACCUAGACGACUCCAACAAAGAAGCCCAAGAGGAGGCAGAGAUGGAUGCAGAGAUUGAACUGGAGCUGGCCCAGGGAACGCUCUGCUGCAUCGGAGGAGUCGGGUCUGGAGCAGAGAGGAGCAGUGGGGGACAGCAGGGGGCUGGACCCAGCUCUACUGUUCUACCUCUGUCCCCAAACACACACCCAGGUGCCCAUGAGCUCAACAGCACCAGGAAACUCUACUCACCAGCCCAGGAGAACUUGUGGCUGGACAGUGUAUCUCUGCUUAUCAAAGAUUCAUUUGAAGGGGAGAUGCUGAUGAUUGACAACCUCUCUGGCUCCGUUUUCCAUCAUUACUCCUCCCCACCUGUCUGCAAGGACUGCAGGACUCAUCCGCAAGAGCAGAUCCACAUGGCUGAACUGGAGCAGGCAUCUCUGAGGUCAGAGCAGCUCUCAGAUAAGUCAUCCUCACCAGCGCUGCCUGAUGACCUCAGCCUGGACGAGCAGAGCAUGUACCAGAUGGCUGCCAAAGAGGGCAAGGAAAGGGGCUGUGAUGAGUGCCUAAACACUGAAGAACCUGGAGGGAGAGGUCACAGCAGGUUACGGCGACCCUCUCGGGUUCACAGCUCUGGGACAGAAGAGGGGGUGGCAAUGAAUGGAGCCAGUUCUCAAAGUCCACAUCACAACACACCUGCUCGUCACAGCAUAGGUGAAGUUCCCAGCAGUAAUCAGGUGUACCCAGGUGUUUCUGGAGCUUCGAGCUGCUCUACCACUCCCAUCCGUCUCCCUGCUGAAUUCUUCCACCCAGCUGCUGCGGCCCUCCCCGCACCCCCGAGAGGUCGACCGGGACACAAACCAAGAGGGCUCCGGCUAACUUCCCCAGCCUCAUGGGCAUCUCUACGCUCUCCUGGAGCAAACACCAGACUGCUCACCACACAGUAUCCAUCUCACAGUGACUCCUCCCUGGCUACGGGCAGCUCAGAGAGCAGCCUACCAACCACCAUGGAAGAAGGGCUCAGUUUCACCACCCAGCCACUACUGGACACACUCCUUGUCCUCUCCACAGAGACCCUGAGACCCAGCCCUCCAGCCGCCCAGAACCUCCAAACUAUGAGGGGGCACCAGAGCAGCAAGAACAGAUGUGAAAGAGACAUUAAUGCAGGAAGAACACAGCAAGACUCCGAUGAAGAUGUAGGGAUGGUACGGUGCGGUUCUAACCAGACGUGCGAUAGCCAGCAGCUCUCAGAGACACUGAGCAGCCUGUCCCUCACAUCGCUGCUUCUGCCUAGCUCUCUAGUGCCCCCAUCUGUGAAAAAGUGCAACAGCACGGGUAGCUUAGACCAGGGGACUCUCACAACCCAAGAAAAUGUGUUCAUAAAAGAGCCACAGGGUAAAAUCACCAGCCCCUGGAAAGAAAGGAAAGAAGGAAGAAGAGAGAGUCAGUCGGAGGCAGCACAAGGAAAAGACGGGGAAAAUACAAGCCAAAUAACAAUUGUGGGCUCCACAAGAAAUAGAUGAAACUUUACCUAUUAGUUAUUUCUAAGGCCCAAUACUCAAUCUCUGUUUUGUUUUGAUUUUUCAGGGAGCAGUUUGACAUGUGGCAUUCCAUCUUAAAGUCUAUCUCUCUCUAUAUCCCUGUUUUCAUUUGUGACCUGUUACCAUUUUGUAUUUGCUUGUGGUAAACGUCCGACAGGACUGUACAGAAACUGGAGAGAGAGACCUGAGAGCAGUUUGGCCCCUUAGAGCAUGACUAGACAGAAGAGGACUGUUCAGACAGUUGCCUGAACAAUCAGGUCAGGAGACGACAUACAGUACAGGCAAAGCUUUCCAUAUGCUGGAAUGCUGGGAGUUUUCUCAAAUGUCAGUUAAAAAGAAAAAAUAAACCCAAAAGUAGAUAAACCCAAAAGUAUAUAUAGAGGAACUGAAAAGAUAAAGAGAUACAGAAAAAAGAGAUAUAGUAAAAGAGAUUUCUUCUCUAAAAGAGGGCAAGUUGUGUUACAUUACAAGGAAGAGUUUAGGAUUUUAAGUCUUUCAGUAUACAGUACUUACAGUUUUUUUCAUUCACUUGUCAUUUUGUUUGUUUGUAUUUGUGUAUUUCUACGUCAUUGAGAAUAGAGAACAGUGUUCCUCAUUCAACCUAACGAAAAGCAUUCAUUUAGAGAGUGACCAAACUUAACGAGAGGAAGUCAGACAUCCAUCUGUCCAUCCAUCUAUCCAUCUAUCUGUCAUUAUGUCUGUAGUUGUAUUUAUUUAUUUAUUUAUUCAUUCAGAGUUAUUUAUAUAUUUAUUUAUUCAAGUUUAUUUAAAUUAUUGUUUAUAUAUUUAAUUAAAGGGCAAAUGUAGAAAUAUGUGAUCUCCUACAUUUUGCAUUAGGAGAUGUAGAAAAUAUGGACACAACGACAAAGAACAGUCCUCUGCAUGAUGGAGUCUCUUUACAACAUAACAACUACUGAAGAUGUCAAUGCUGGAAGAAAGCAGUGAGGUUUUUACUCAGAUAUUUUUUUAUUUAUAUGCUCCGGAUUAAGGAAUAGGUGACGCACAUUGUUGUGGUCACUUUUCUCCUCCCCACAACACAAAAACGUUUCUCUAUGUGACUUUAUUCCCUGCAAGUGGCUUCCAUUUUUAUAAUUUUAGUUAGGUGGAAGGGGGCUUUUUGUAUGCUGGGGUGAAAAGAUACAAACACACAGACACACAAAGAAAAAAAGAAAAAAAAAUACCAUCCUAAGGAUUUUAGACUGUGGAUUACAUGGAUAUAGAAUACAGCCAGAGACAAAGGAUGAUGAACAGGCCAUGGGAUUUAAAUGCUUUUUCAAGAACCCUGGAGUCUCUGCUUUAUUUUGGUCCUCGGAUGGCAUGUCAGAUGAGGAAAACACAAGAUGGUGAUAUUUAGCUUUCAUUUUGACAAAACUAGGUUGAUUGGAUUUGCAAUUGAAUCAGUUAUUUAUACAUUAAUUUUCUUAAGCAUGGUUACUGGACUGCAGUAGGACACCUGAUUUAUUAUUCCUCCUCUUUGAAAAAAAUGCACUCCUUUGCUCUUUAUUUCAUUUAGCUUAGACUUGGUCACUGUAUUCAUGUGCAAAUGGAGCAACUCUAGGUAUGACACUCCAAAUAUCUCCAGAUAUCUUAGUUUAGUUUGCUGUAGUGUUUAGCACCCCUGAUGUUUUUGUUUUUGUUUUUCUUUUAGAAUAUUCAGGUAAAUAUCACAUGUAGACUUGACCUGUUGAUGAACUUCAUUGUUAUUUGAUUGGUAUUGACUGUCCAUCCGUGACAUCGGGGUCUCUAUACAUUACAUCAGUUGUGUUGUGGUUUAGUCUGGACCCAAGUGCGUGAUUGUCAUUUUAUUCUUGCCUAUUUAAUUCAUGGAGCCACCGUUUUGAAAUGAGGUACACUGAAGUAUUAAAUUUUAUUCAGCAAAACACAAUAACAAAGGGCUUACUUCGUUUCCAAGGUGUUCUUGGAUCUCACAAGACAAUUUUUGCUAAUAGUGUGCAAGACUUCAAAGGUUAGUCUGACACUACAGCAAUAAAGAGUAGCUUUGUGUGCCCCAAAUAUACAUGAUGUCAUGAUGUCUUUUAUUUGUAUUUGUAUUUCAAGUAGAUUACUUGCCCUUGUUUACUAGUAACAAUACCUGCACGACUUGAGGACUGAUCAGAUGGGCUAAUAGAUGGACUGCCAAUGGUUCAGAUGAACAAAUGAAGUCAUUUUGAGCUCAGGGCCUUGGUAAAUACCACUACUGAAUGCUCUGUUUCCUCAGGGAGACAAAUGGCUGGAAAAAGGAGGACUGUAUGUUAAAUGUUAAUGUUCAUUUGAUUUGACUUUACAUUUAAUGCUCCAAUAAGCUUGCGUCAGUAUACCGCCAUUAUAGCAGAAUAUGAGUGGAGGCCAGUUUUAUUAAAGUAACAGGUAAACUGAAAGCUAAUUCAUAGCCAUUGUUGUAUAGUUUGAAAGUGUAUGUAGCUUAAAGAAAAAUCUGCCAAUGCAUUUAAGGACGGAUGCAUAUAUAUUGUGUAUGUACGAAUGGUCUAGAGUAGUGGGUGAGAUUUUAUACAAAACUUGAUGUGUCUUGUCACUGGGUUGAACAUAUGUACAUAUCCUUUUAUAUAAUUAAACUGCAUGUGUGCUAUGACCAGUGACAAUGAUACAUGCAUUUUAGAAUGGCUGAGGCUUAGGUUUCGUAAUUUUUUUUCCCCGUCACUCUGAGGUCUUCCUGAAACUGUAUUAAUGUAAACUUAAUUUCCUUUUGGUUUAUUGAUGAGACUAUACUUCCCAUGAGACAGCUGUGGUCACGUGCAAUUUGGGUUUGAACUGUCCUCAGUGCUAGCUUAAAUCCCUUAUUGCACAGUUCUGGUCCUUGUAUCUGAUUGGCUGUGCAGCGUUCAAUCAUUUUCACUGUUGGAAUGGCUCAGAUUGUAUGUGUUUGUGGUGUUCCAGACCAGAGUAUGUAAGCGGUGUGGAGUGGUAGUUUGAGCAGGGAGCGGGAAAUGAAAAAAAAAAAAAAAAACCUCUUGAGGUGGAGCUUAAAAACUUGGCUUGAUUACAGUGUGCUCUUCGCGGUCACUCCAUUCUACUCACAUCCUCUCUUCUGUUGUAUGUAUAUUACACAAUGCUUGAUGACUGGGCUUUUUUAGAAGUAUUUUAUAAAAAAUAAAAAAACAAUUGAGUCCUUGAUUUUUAAAGGGAUAGUUCACCCAAAAGUGAAAAGUCAUCAGUUUUAAAUCUUGUAUGACUUGCUUUCUCAUGCGAAAUGCAAAAGAAGAUAUUUUGAAAAUAUCUCUUUCAUUGUCCUUACAGUGAAACUCAACAGGGUUUCAUGUUUGGACUCCAUAGAGUUCAACAGUUUGUCUCUGGAAGUAAAAAUCCCAUUCAUUAUCUCCAUAGAGGAAAUUGAUUUUUUAUAAACCUUUUAAACAGACAGGCCUACUGUGAUCUGCAAGAUUAAAGCGAUGGUAUAUGCUUUUGUUGAAGCCUUCAGUUAGCGUUAUUUCAACGUAUUUGUUUAAUAAUCAUGUUUACCAGCAGGAUUUGUGAUGAAAAACUAUAUUAUCCAUGAUUCUGAAAAGAGAGUCCCCCCACUGUUAUUAAGUAAUUUGAAUGGUGUAAUAGUCUCUACACUCUCAAACUACUUUAAUGUUGUAUAUGCAUGUAUAUUUUGCAUGCAUGUGUAGUUUCUAUGUACAAUCAACACAUAAGUCAAUAGAUUUAUAUUUAUCUGUUGUUUUUAAUUCAGUCAUGUCAUUCACAAUGCUUUAUGGGAUUGUAGUUCUUUUCCUUACUGAAGUCCUUAAACCUUUGUGUUUUUGUCCGAUUUUCUGAUACUUUUUUGUGUCAAAAUAAAGUUGUCAUGUUGUGAUUUACCUCAUAGCUGAUUGUUUUGGCUAAUGGCUUAUAACUCUUUACUAGAGAUGUUUUAAAUAUCUUUAUGGAACAAUGAAUGGGAAAAAUACUUUCAGAACCAAGGCUGCUGAAAAAGUGGGUAGACAGUGUUGCACUCGGUUGACAUUUUAUUUUUAUUUUUUUAUUUUUUUGGUCAACUAUGCCUUUAAUUUCUUGUGCUGAUAUUCAGUGCAGCAUGCUUAUGUGAUAUUGCUUAAUUUGGAUAUUCAUAAAAUUAAUUGGUUUGCCCCUCUAAAAGAAGCAAUAAACUCCAUGUAACAUAAUCCUUGAGAAAAUGAAGAUGGGUGGAAAAAGACAGGAGAGGAUCUGACAGUAGGCACGCUACUAGUGCUUUGGCAUGCUUGUGUGGUCGGUCAAAAAAGCUCUGAAGCGGAAACUCAUGGGAGAAACGUUGUUUCUCAACACCUAAACCAUCUCUUCCCUCCAGCUAUCUGUCCUUUAAAUGUCAGCUGCUCUGCUGUUUCAAGUCCUGUCCGCACGCUUGCAGGGCCGUGGUGUCACCAGCCUCGGGAAUCUUGGGAUGCGGGCUGUCACACCACAGCACAAAUCAAGUCAAAAUAUUUUAUUUUAUCAUGUGAAUUCAAAAUAUUUCAUUUUAUCGUGUGAAAUUAAGGGAUGAUCUUUGGCUGAGCACUAAAUUGCCCUCUGAAAGGGUAGCGUUUCUGUAGCUGCAGUUUUUGUCGUUUACGCUAGGAAGUCCUGGAGGUCGUAAGCUUUAUAUUUGACUCAUAUGCGCUCUUAUCUAAUCAUUACAGCUUUGGAGAGUGUCGGUUAGAUGUAUGGAGAACCUCUGACAUCAGUGUUUUAUCUAGAGGUUGAGUAAUUACUCUCCCCGUCUGACUGGAAUAAAACAAGCGCUAAUCGCUACAGAAGUCAUACGGGGAAAAUAAAGGUGAUCCUCCCACUUAAUGACAAAAAAAUGAUCUUCAGUAAUGACUAUGGCACCUCUAAAAGGACAGUGAGAUGGAUACACUUGUAGUGCAUUGCAUGGCCUUAAAUGUGUCAUUAUCUGUACCUUUCCGUUUUUAAAGUGUAAAGAAAGAAAUGGUUAAAGUUACUUCUAGGUGUUGUAAAUUUGGACUAAACUGCAGCUUGUUGUGAAAUCACAAGUGUAGCUCUGAGUAGGUGUGUUUGAUUCUGUCUCUUUCCCCUCUCUCAUUUGGUUUGUUUGGCAAUCACUAAAUCAAGACACUGGCUCUCCAUCAUCACAGAGCAGAGCACUUCACACACCUGAAAUAUGGUAGCCUACUCACACAUACACACAAACAACGGUUUCAUCAAGAUGACACAAAGUAAAUCACUCCUGACAUUCUGCUUGGAUUUGGUUACUUAAGCUCCACCGCAUUUGGUACCGAUAAGAAUAAAAAAAAUGAGGAGCAAAAGAUAUAAAGGACAAAAACACCAUAAACAUCCUGUGACAACAGGAACAAAGGCUGAAAGUUAUCUGAUGUCCCUGUCAAUCUGCUCUAUUAGAAGCAAUGCUGAUACCUGCACUCUACAGCAGUGCCUCUCAACUGGUGGCCUGUAGUUAUGACCUGAUAUGCUAACUGCAAAUAAUAACAUACGAUAUAUAUAUAUAGUUUUUUAAAGGAAGAUAUAAAUAGUUUGCAUAUAUUUUCUUGUUGACCUCAAAGCAUGAGUAUUCAUAUCAGAAUCUUGGUAGAAGGUAGC